AGAAACGCCACGCCUGCGCGGUGUGGUACGGACACGUGAAUGGUACGACAUGGCUCGUGGAAGAUCAAACACUGCUGAUCGACACUGAUGCUCGGGGAACAGCGCUUCAAAAUCUAUCGAAGAAGCUGGACGCUCCACAGCUCCCGCUGCAGGCGCACACGACUGCACCGCCCACACAACCCCAUCAUCAUUACCAGGCCAUAUCAUCAACUGCUCCUACCCUGCAGCGUGCAGUACAAGUGCAGCACGCCCCACCGACCGAGCGACAAGGCCGAUCUUGGUGACGGUGUAUACAUACCACAGGACAAGCUAGACAUGGCCAUGCUGAGCAGCACAGAUUCGAUAUUUGUGCGGGAAAUUGCACGUUCGCUUUGGGCACCGGAGGAGCUUCGGGGGCGUAGUGUCACCGGGAAGCCCUGUCAACGGUACUUGAAACAAGGCAUCAAAGCCAAACGUGCUUUGACGCCCAGGAAGGUUGGAGCACUAAAACGUCGUGAAGGUUUUUCGGCUGGGUUUUUCUCCUUCACCUGAUUGGCAUCACAAUUGGCACAAUUCCCAGCACAAUUGGCUUUACAAUUGGCAACUUGAUUGGCAUUAAUAAAUAUAUUUUCACUCGUA